AUGCCCUCAUCCCACUUUCAGGAUGCACCCAGUCCGUCCACCUCGACCCUCCGCCUCUCGCUCGGUCCUCUUGGCCGCACAUCGCGCCGAGGGUCCAUUGCCUCGCUCUCGUCUCGCGCUCCAGUGGACAAGGAAGUUUUGCGGGAAGCGCUGGACCAGAUCCACACCUCUGCCUCGCGCUCCGAGACCCUCACCACCUUCGAUCAGUUUGCCUCGCCGCCGCCGCCGUCUCUCAAUGAAAGCAAGGGCAUAACCGGGGACCUGGUGCAGGGAGGGUUGAGCGGGCUGUAUAAUAGGUUCAGGACUUCGGUCGGAAGAGGCAAAGACAUUGCUGCGAGUCCAACCAGCCCCACCGUCGGCUACGAUAGCGAUGGAUCCGUGGCCAGCUCGAGGGUGAAUGGGAAGCACAAGGCGCCCAGGAGCAUAGCAGGAACAACCAUGUCCUCGCCCGUGCUCCUAUCGUCGCCGCCGCCAUCGCACAUCCACUCCCCCCUGGUGAACACCUUCAAGGAAGCUGCUGCAUCUGCUCUCCCUGUAUCCUCUGAAACGUCCAGCACAUCGCGUGCUUCCAUCAGCACCCCCCAAUCUCCUCUGCCUCUUCAGGCCAAGUCGAAGCCGCUUCUGUCUCUCGCGCCUGUUGAACAUGCCAUGGGGAGGGCUCAUAGCAGCUCUAGGUCCGGGUCAAUAUCUGAGCAGCAUGUCGUCAGACGUGCAAGUCAUUCCACAACGUCAUCGCAGAUGGAAAGGAAUUUCCCUCAUCGGAGCAUACCCCGGAGCCAACCAGACCAAACCCCCGAAAGGCCGCGACCCUCGCUUGCCAGUCGCAUGUCGGAGGAUGACGACUCCAGUGUGUUUGGGGAAGAGGAUAUGGUCCUCGUGGACGAGCUUCCCUUGAACGAUACUGGGAGUUUCUUUGCCGGCCGCUCUGAUUUCUCACUGGGCGGGCCAGGGCCGGUCGUACAUAGCGCCCCCCUUACAAGGAAGAACAGCUCGACGGCACAGACUAGCUUUCCGAGGGAUGCAAAUGAAGCACUCCCGGGGCAACCGAGCAUCAGCGAAGCACACAGCGAGGGCAUUCUGAAGAACAUCAACCCAGACACGCCCACCUCGACAAAGAGCGGUGCUUCCAGACCGCCCAUGGUAUCAAUUGGUCCGUCACAUUUGCCAGGCUAUCGCCCAUCUCGUGCGCCGUCGUCGGACGACAUGAGUUCGCUCACGACAGUCGCCCCGGCGCAGCCUCGCCAUGCAACCUUCCAGCAACCCGACGAUUAUCACCGCUCUGUUUCCCAGACAAGGCAGCCUGAUAUGCGGAGCAGCAACAGCACCCUUGCUCAGAUGAAGCGCCGGGUGCUCGGCAAGGAGUUCUGGAUGAGGGACGAGAACGCAAAAGACUGUUUCUAUUGCGGUGAAGUUUUCUCCACCUUUCGCAGGAAACACCACUGCCGGACGUGUGGCCAAAUCUUCGACGCAAAGUGCACGUCUUUGGUUUCUGGAAAGGUGUUUGGACAGUCCGGGAACAUCAGGGUGUGCAAGCCGUGUGAGGCCAUAAUCAACGGGAACGAAGACGAUUCCUCAGAUUACUCUGAAGACGCCGAUCAGAGCUCUCUCUUCGAGAGCGAGGCCCUGUCGAAGCCGCUCAACCGGAGGAGCUCGAUUGGCACGGAUGCGUCCAAAGGGGACGUUGCCAAGGGAAGCGUCAAGGCAAGGGACCAUACCAAGAUCGGGACACCGAUGAUGAGCAUACCUACGUCGCGAAAACCAGGCGAGAAGAGGCUGCGGUCUGCGGUAAUCGAGUUCAACGCAGGCCAUCCAGCGCUGCCGCGGCCGAGCUCGUCGAGAUCGCUCCGCUCGCUCAGCAUGAGGCCGCUGUCGUCAUCGGGACACAGAAGGCAUCACUCGCGACACCAGCACAUGCGCAGUCUCAAGGAUGAGCGCGCGCCGUUCCACCGACACCAGACAGAAGAGCUUGAGAAGCGGUCGAUGCUGCCCGCCUUUCAUAAUGACAGCAUCAUCGACCCGGACCUCGCUGCGUUCAUGUCCGACGAGGACUCCAGCGAGGACGAGACGCCCAGCAUCUUCGCGGCGUUGAGCAAUGACACACAGGAGCCGAACGAGGGCGAUAGAAACGGACUCGGCGGACUGCUGUCGGUGAUCAAGAAAGGGAAGUCACGCGCCGGGGACAGAAGCAUCGCAGGCCAAUUGGCAGCGCCGAUGCGCGACUUUGACGCAGCCAGCAUUUCAAGCCGGCACAUUCCCCGCCACAACCGCCGCCGCAAUCUCAGCGUCAGCAGCCUCACCCACCGCCCGUCACCGCGGCGGACCAAGAGCAACAGCCUGCUCAAGCCCUUCGGCAUCAACCUCGCCAGCAUCGUGGGCGGCCAGUCCGGGUCCAUGUCAACCCUUGCCCAGGUCAGCGGCGGCGGAUCCAAGAUGGUUCGCAGCGCUUCCAUGCGCGGCGACCACGCGCCCGCUGUCGAACUCAACCGAGCGAGCUUGCAACAUGUCCGGAAGCUUCUUCGCCAAAUGCUCCAGGACUCGAGCGUCGCCGCGGUUUCGAGCUGGGAGAAGGCCCUGACGCCAAUCCUGCUGCGAUGCACCGACGACGUCAACCCCGACGUGCAGCGCAGCGACGACAUCGAUAUCCGCCACUACAUCAAGCUGAAGAAGAUCCCGGGCGGGAGGCCGGGCGACACGUCCUACAUCUCGGGUGUUGUCUUCACCAAGAACGUGGCGCUGAAGAGCAUGCCCCGGAGCAUUCCCCAGCCACGUGUGCUCAUUGUCACCUUCCCCAUUGAAUAUGCGCGCCACCAGCAACACUUCAUGAGCCUCGAUCCUGUCAUCGCACAGGAGCGAGAGUUCCUGCGCAACCUGGUUGGCCGCAUUGCUGCGCUCAAUCCUCAGGUCCUCCUUGUCCAGCGCAAUGUCUCCGGCUUGGCCUUGCAAUUCCUCGAGGAGGCCAACAUCACCGUCGUCCACAACGUCAAGCCAUCCGUUCUCAACGCCGUCUCUCGUUGCCUCCAGAUCAGGAUGAUCUCGUCCAUCGACAAGCUUGCGACCGAUCCGUCAACCCUCGGCCAAUGUCAAAGCUUCGACGUCAAAACGUACGUACACGGUCGCGUCAAGAAGACAUACAUUUACCUGUCGGGAUGCAAGAAGGAGCUCGGCUGCACCAUUGUUCUCCGUGGUGCCGACACCACCACGUUGAGGAAGCUUAAACAGAUCACCGAGUUUCUCUGCUACGUCGUGUAUAACCUCAAGUUGGAGACUUGCCUCAUGCGCGACGAGUUCGUGUUGAUACCGUCCUCUAUAGACGGCGCUGAAUCCAGGACCGGAAAGCAAUCAGGCGAGCUGACUGCCGAAGGUGGCGAGAUCGCGAGACCUGCGGCUUUGUCGGACGUGAAUGGUGGCCCAGAAAGGAACCCAACCAUCCAGGUCCAGGACGAAACGGGGCAGCCGACAGUUGCCCAAGCUGACGAUGCGACAUCGAUCCAGACCUCCGAGCUAUCACAAACAAUGUCUGACAGCCAACAACAGCUCCUGGACCAGAACCAGCCCUUGGAGCACAGUCAAGAGCAGGCCAAAGCUAUCACUGCGAGCCAAGAGCUGAUGAUUCCUGAGGACGUGCCUAUGCCCUCAUUCUAUGGCGACAUGGUUGAGAAGCACAGAACCAAGAUUCUGUCUGCUUCACCCUUUAUCAGAUUCAUGCAACCGUACCUUCUCACCCAGGCAAGGGAACAGGAGCGACGCCUCGCUUACCUCAGGCGCUUGCGAGACCAAUACAGUCAGAUUCAGGACGAAGAGGACGAGGAACAGGAUUCGCAUGAACGAUUCGAGCUUGUGCAGCCGGAGAUGGUUCACACCGUUGUUCAGAAAGCCUCAAGGCAGGUCCGCGACUUCCUACAUGCCGUGCACGAUGCGGAAUACGACAAGGCCAUGCACAACUACUUGACCCAGAAAAGGCAGUGGGAGGCGUACCUGUCAGCGAACAGCGACCUGUUCGAUCCCUUCACCCAUCAGAAAAUUGCCGUUCUCUACAGCGUUGUCAACUCAGUGACGUCGACGCCUUGCAUCGGCCCCGAGAUCAUCUCACUGGAAUUCUACAAGGAGCAUGACCUCGAUCACGGCUUCGCCGCAGAUUGCACGCUCGGCCAGUAUGUGGAGGAUCUCUGCUACACUGCAAACCAGAUAUGCACUGCAAAUGGUUGUGGCAAGAAGAUGGUCGACCAUCACCGGCAUUACAUACACGGCGAGGGCCAGAUGAGUGUGGUUGUCGAAAAGUACCCUUCCAAAAUCAGGGGUCUUCACAACACCAUGCUCAUGUGGAGCAGCUGCCGCGUCUGUGGCCAGGAAACCCAGACAAUCCCCAUGUCCGAGAGCACUUGGAAAUACUCCUUUGCCAAGUAUCUGGAGCUGACCUUCUGGAGCACCGACUUACACCCUCGAGCUGAUAUUUGUCCCCAUGAUAUCCACCGCAACCAUGUCCGCUACUUCGGAUUCAACAACAUCGCUUUGAGAAUCCAGUUCGACCCUAUAGAGCUCUAUGAGGUCAUCGUCCCAAGGCCUACAAUCGCUUGGAAGGUUGAUCGGGAUCUCAAGCUCAAGAACGAACAGUUCUCCAGGAUCGAGGACCGCCUGGACAAAUUCAUGGCUUCGGUAAAGGCGCGCAUAAAGAGUAUCAGAGUCGAUAGUGUUGUCCUGGAGAAGCAUGAGGCAUGCAAGGCUGAGAUUGCCAAUCUCAUGAAGCGCGCCAACGAUGAGCAAGACUUCCUACGGCGCAAACUUCAAGACAAGUACAUGUGUUCGCGGUAUUACGAAAUCAUCCCCCUCAAUCGGGCUAUCCGGGCAAUUCACGAGAAGGCUUUGGCUUGGGAUGAGACUUUUGCGAAGUUUGAGAAAGCCUUCUUCCCGUCGGAGAAAGAUAUCCAGCGACUUGCCGUGCUACAGCUGAAGAAGAUCUUCUUGGACCGCGACGAAUCGCAGACGUCGGUAAACUCCAUAGAGGAGGGUAUUGAAGAAGCACCCGCUGUGCUGGAUGGAGACCAGGGAGGCGAAAAGGACGGGGAGAAGAUUACGACUCCGACCCCAACGGGCAUGUCUCCAGAACAGACUCGAGAUGUGCUUGCGUCAGUUGUGGAGCAAGACCAUAAUGAGAAAGAUGCGGAGAAGGCCGUGGAGGACAGCCAAGGACCCCCGCAACCUGCGCCGGAGCCAGAUGUCGCCGUGCAGGACCACGCACCGUCUGUGCCGCCUGCUCCGACAAUGGAUCAAACGAACGUUGUUGAACGUGAAGAUGUCCGACACCUCGAUCUGGCUGUCCCCGCCGAUACGCCUUCUUCGCCAAAGACCCAGUCCACACAAGCAAGCCAAGAGCUGCAGGUUCCUGCAACGGAUCUCUCGAAGACUUCUACUGCUACUGGGCCCACCAUGGCUCACCCAGCCCCGCUCUCUCGUGCUGUUUCGGACCUCGUCGAACAGAUGCGCGGCGGUGGAGACUACCACGCCUCCUUGUCUUCGGAAACAGUUCCAGAGUCGCGCAUUCCGCGCCUGGUCGACAUGUCGAAGCGCGAGCCUGGGUCGACGCUGAUCAGCCGGGCUCAAUCAUCUACCGGCAUAUCACGCAUGCAGCAGGGCGCCAACAAUGCUUCGAGCGCAACAGUGGCGACAACAAGCACUGGCAAAUCUGAUUCAUCGAAGCCAAGUCUCACUGAAUCAGCUCGAGCGCUCGAGGAGCGUAUGUCCAAACGGCUCGGCCUGGGCUCCCUGCGGUCAAACAAGGGCAGCAGCAGUCAUUCAAUGAUCCCUCGCUCGGUCCCCAGCAAGCCAAGCAACAACCCCAAGGUCUCUACACUUGCCAAGCACUUUGAGCAGCUCAGUAAAGAAUUUGAAAGGCAACGUCUGCGGGAAAGACAUCAGCGGGCCGCCAAAAGCCGACAAGCACGCGCCUAUCCUCUUGCCUCUUCCAAGCCCAUCGUCGAGAUUUACCGUGAUGCCGCUGAUGCGGUGCAGGAGAAGGAGUCGGAUGAAGACCUGACGUCUUCGACGCCUCCCCCUCGACUCAGUGCAGACACUAGCACAUUGAAUGAAAGCAGCUACACUUCGACAACUACGCCAACCCUCGAGUCACAGUCGCCCGUAGAGACGCACCACGAAGAACCAAGUGAACACUCAAAGCGGGCCGACGGUGCGGAAAGCGUUGCGGACACUGCCAGUCUGCACCAACACUCGGAUGCCGAAGGGGAUGCAAGUGACGUCGAGAACAUCCUCGAGGAUAUUGGCAUUCCAGACAUCUCGGACGGUUCUGGGAUACUGCCACCCAUGGAUUCGUCGACAGAUCUGAGCAUUGAUCUUCCCAGGCACGAAAAGUCAUUCAUGAUGAAGAUGCUUAACAACUUCUGGUCAGAGCGUUCGGCCAGUGGUUGGACGCCGUUGGACUACCCGUUUGCGCCCAUCGAGCAUGUCUGGGAGGACUCUGACAUAAUUGUCCGCGAGGAUGAACCCAGCUCAAUCAUUGCUUUGGCCUUGUCGAACGGAGACUACCUGGGCAAGUUGCAAGAGUUUCGAACAGAGAAUGGCGAGUGCGGCGACUAUGGAAGUGAACACAGCGCGCACUCGGAAGAGGCAAACAUCGAGCACAACCUGCGGCACAAGUCCAACACGAACAUCAAGUACGUCUUCCAGAACCGCAGUGUUCGGGCCACUUGCAAGAUCUUCUUUGCCCAGUCAUUUGAUGCCAUGCGCCGCAAGUGCGGCGUAGCGGAUCGCUUUGUCGAGUCCAUGUCUCGAUGCCUGAAGUGGGACUCCAAGGGUGGCAAGACCAAGUCCCUCUUCCUCAAGACCCUGGACGACCGCUUCGUGCUCAAGUCUCUUUCGCCCAUCGAGGUCAGCGCAUUCCUCAAGUUCGCGCCAGACUACUUUUCAUUCAUCCACCAGAACCUCUUCAACAACCUGCCCUCGGUCAUUGCCAAGAUGUUCGGCCUGUUCCAGGUCACCAUCAAGAACCCUGCCAGCGGUCGGGACUUUGACUGCUUCAUGCUCGUCAUGGAAAACCUGUUCUACGACCGCGGCAACGACCUGCGUCGCUUCGACCUCAAGGGCUCGAUGCGCAACCGCAAGAUCCAGAGCACCGGCGAGCAGGAUGAAGUGUUGCUGGACGAGAACUUGGUCGACAUCAUCUUCGAGAAGCCCAUCUUCGUCCGCGAGCACACCAAAAAGACGCUCACGCUCAGCGUGUACAACGACACGCUCUUCCUCAGCAAGCAGAACGUCAUGGACUAUUCGCUCAUGGCCGGUUUCAACGACUCGAACCGGGAGAUUGUCGUUGGUAUCAUUGACUGCAUCCGCACGUACACAUGGGACAAGAAGCUCGAGACAUGGAUCAAAGACCGCGGCAAGAACAAGCCGACCGUCACGUCGCCCAAAGACUACCGCCAGCGCUUCCGUGUUGCCAUGUCCAGCUACAUCCUACAGGCCCCCGACUUCUGGCACGCCUUCAACACCGCAGUGCCCUCUGGCGGCAGUGGCGGCGGCGGUCCGUCCGGCGGCGGUCAGAUCCUGGGGCGCGAAAGGCCUCCGGCGGAGAAGACGGCGACGUAUACGACUGGGGAUGGUGGCUUGGCGCCGUUGCUGUCGGGUGGUCAGGAGGGGGUGCCGAUGGCGGGUGGCGGCGCGUUGAGAGAGCCUGUCGUACCCAUGGAGGCAGAGGCGGAGAUGGGGCUGGGGGGAAUGAUGAUUGAGAGGGGGUGA